AUGGAACCAGCAGCACACCCCACCGAUUCCAAUCGCCUCCUGAUCACUGGGGUCACAGGUUACAUUGGCUUUAGGACUCUACUGGAUGCCCUAGGGAGGGGAUAUCGUGUGCGCAGUGUUGUACGCCAAGAUCGCAACAUUGAGGAGCUGAAAAGCAAGCGUCCUGAAAUUGCUGGCUCACACAAGCAAGGUCAACUCGACUUUGCAGUAAUUCCAGACUUUUAUGAUGGCGCCGCAUGGGACAAGGCGCUCGACGGAAUUACUGCCAUUAUCCAUCUUGCAUCCCCACUAGCUAAGGCUUGUGAUGAUUAUGAUGUGGGAGUUAUAGACCCAGCGAUUUCCAUGGUUAAAACAGUACUUGAGGCCGCAGCUCAAAAGCCUGCGAUCAAGAGAGUAGUCAUCACUUCUUCCUGUGUCACGCUGAUCCCUUACGAGUGGAACUUCAAUCCCGACAGCGAAAGACUCUACACAACGUCGGACGGAAAUUGGAACCCCACACGCCCUUUCAAGAGCGCGAUGGAGGCAUACUGGGCAUCCAAGGGUUUAGCAAGAUUCGCUACCCGAAAAUUUGUGGAAGAAAAGAAGCCGCACUUUGACUUUGUCAACCUCCUACCAGGUGUUGUGAUUGGCCCCGACGAGCGGAUCCCGUCCAAUGGCAAAGUGGACUCGCUUCUUGAAGGCACACGAGCGGCUGUUAUUGCUCCCGUACAAGAUGGUUCAACUAACUCAGCAUUCCCCUAUGUGGGCGUUCCUGUCCACGUGGCCGACGUCGCACGAGCUCACGUAGAUGCUGUGGACACCCUUCGUAUUCCAGGGAACUCAGAGUAUAUCCUGAGUUCAGAUACACCGGAAGGCGUUGUAUGGGAUAGGGAUAUCACAGAGAUUGCUAAGAAGUUCUUUUCUAAAGAGGUGGACGACGAGACGUUACCAUUGAAGGGCUCGCUGCAAUCCAUCAAAUGGCGGCUCGAUGGUCAAACGACCGAAAAUGUUUUCGGGUGGAGAUUUCGCAGCUUUGAAGAUACUAUGCGCGAGCUCAUUGCGCAGUACUUACAGCUGAGGAACAACAAUUAA